CAGACAAGGAUUGUAUAUUUUAUUUACGUUGAAAAUGGAUCAGCAUAGCGCGGACAAUUGCAAGUGCCACAAGCAAACGCAGCCGGCACAACAAACACUCUCCGACAUGGACUUUGAUCGUGGCAUCUGGAAUGCAGCCAUCUACAAUGAGGUGGAUCGCGUGCGCGAAUUCAUCAAGAAGGGUCAGGCCAUGGCACGGGAUGACUGCGACUAUACGGCAUUGCAUUAUGCGGCACGCAAUGGCCACGAGCAGAUCUGCAAACUUCUGCUCGACGAGGGCAAAGUGGACGUGAAUGCGGUGACCAAGGCGGGCGCCACAUCUCUCCAUCGUGCUGCAAUGAUGGGUCAUCUUGACAUUGUUAAGCUGUUAGCAACGCAGCCCAAGGUGAAUCUGCUGCUUCAAGACGAGUGCGGUCAGAGUGCAUUGCAUCGUGCGGCAUUGCGUGGACAACUGGAAGUGUGUCGAUAUCUGUUGCAGCAGCAGCCCGAACUGAAGCUGCUCAAAGACAAGAAGGAUAAAAUUGCAUUCGAGUAUAUUAUGGAGAAUGCCAACGAUGAUUUCAAGCUGCUUCUAAAGCCCUAAAAUCAUGAAAUCUUCAAAUCAAUACGCAACUUUUCGUAGCCUUAAUCAGUUUCUGAACAAAACCUAAUAUAAUAUGGCGGAUUCGAAUUGACCUAAAAUCAAGCUAUAUAUAUAUAUAUAAAUAUAGUAUGAAUAUUGUUGUUAGAUUGUAGGCAAUUACUUCAAUUUGUAGUAUUGUAUGUAUAUGUUUGUCAAUUCUUUAUAAACUGUAAGCGCAAAAAUGU